AUGUGGACUGACGAACAAGUUGAAAAUGUUCCUCCAUCAAGACAAAACUCGGCACCACCCACAAAUCCCAGUUCAUCCAGUGAAAGGGCUGGAUCGGUCUAUUCCGUAUCUACCACCAUACAGAGACAAUCGUCAGAUGAAAGAAGAUAUCCUGCUGGUCUCAGUCCGACUUCUAGUGCACCACCAGACCAUCCAAAGGAGGUUCCAGAGGCAUUUGACGAAGCUAUCUUGAGAGGAUUGUGUGAUAUGGAUGGCGCUUUACCACUUUUAGCAGAUAGAAUCAAACAGUCUGUCUCUUCUUGCAAAGCUGUCGGAACUUUCUUCAAAGCUCGGGCGGAGCUUGAAGACAAAUACGGAAAAGCACUUUCAGAGUUGUGUAAAGUCAGUAGCGACGCGUAUUCUAGAGCGGAUGGUAAAGCAGGUACUUUUGUCGACGCUUAUCAAGACUCUCUCAAAUUACAAGAUAAAAUGUCCAAAAGUCGGACAAGGUUCGCAUAUAGACUCGGUGAGAUGGCAGAGGAGUUGUUCAUGAUUGCGAGGGAAGGAGAAAGAUUACGAAAGUUGCAUAGGGAGACUGGGAUGAGGUAUCAGACUUUACUGCAGGACAGCGAGAUGGCCAUGGAGAAGGCAAAAGUCCGGUUCGACACAACGGCAGAAGAGCUCGAACGUGUUCUUGUGGCUAAAGAAGGUGAAUCGAUCAAAGAUUCUGGAAUGCGAUCGUCCAUGGCGAUAUCUUCCAGUCAAACAAAUGCAGGUCCUAGUGGAGGCCGAAGAGGUUUAGGUAAAGCCAUCAACAAGUUCAAAGGUAAAGGUCCGGCUUCCAUGGCGAGACAAGAAGAGGAAGUGAGGAACAGGAUGGGAGUAGCGAGUGAGGCAUUUAGGAAGGCUGUUCAGGAGAGUCAGACAUUGAGACAGGAAUAUUUCAAUUUCCAACUGCCAAAGAUAAUCCGGCUACUCAAAGAAUGCGCAGACGAAAUCGACCUGGGAAUGCAAUAUCACCUGGCCCGAUUCGCCUACAUAUACGAAUCCGCAGUGGUGGCGGACGGUACGGCUCUCACUCCUUUCGGAACACAGCCAGAGAAUCCCGGACUGCAAGCAAUUUUCGAAGGUAUUGAUAAUCGCACAGAUCUCAAGUCAUUCAUGCAAAACUACGCUGUGGCUAGGGGAGUUCCCAAGGGACCAAGACGUGAAGGACCCUACGACGAAGGAUACGUACCCACUUUACCCCCUCUCGUCCAGCGUAGCGCAAACAUGAUGUCGGCUCAAGCGUCACAAAUGUCACAAUCGUUCUCUAACGGUGCCCAUGGUCAGAGCAACGACCAAGGAUUUGGCAAUUAUUGGACUGCCACGGGUUCGGAAGAAUAUGCUAUUCCUGGGAUCCCCGCAUCAACAGGAGCGACCUUUGGUGUUGACCUAGGGGAGCAAUUGGCGAGGGAUGGGUCGGAAGUACCUAAGGUGGUUGAAAAGUGCGCGGAAGCCAUUGAAGAGUAUGGCUUAGAAUCGAUGGGAAUUUACAGGUUAUCAGGAAUAGCCUCCCGGGUCCAAGCUCUUAAACAAGCCUUAGAUCGAGAUAUCGAAAACACAGACGUCAUGUCGGAAGAAUGGUCAUCGGAUAUAAAUGUCGUCGCCAGUGCUCUCAAGUUAUGGUUCCGAGAAUUACCAGAACCGUUAUUGACGUAUGGGUUGUAUCAUCAGUUCAUCGAAGCUGCGCGAUACGAUAACGAUCGUCUACGGCAUAUUCGUCUACACGAACAAGUCAAUGAAUUACCGGAUGCCAAUUAUGCCACUCUUAAAUUCUUUUUGGGUCAUUUGAACAGAAUACGGCAGAACUCUUCAGUCAACCAAAUGUCAAUAUCCAACCUGUCGAUAGUGUUUGGUCCUACAUUAUUGGGUGCACCGCCAGAACAGGGUGGGUUGAAUUUAGAGCAUAUGAGUUAUCAGUGCAAGGCGAUCGAAACUAUUUUGGAGAGAUACCACGAAAUCUUCAUUGAAGAAGGGGCCGAGUCUUACUGA